UACUGAUGAUGGUUUACGUUAAAAAGUCUGUUCACACAAAAAUCCGUCUGAUUUUAUUUUGUAAAACAGUCAAAAACUCACCACUGAAAUAAACUGAUGUUAGAGGUGCUUCCUGUUUUAUUCACAUCCAUAUGGAAAAGGUCAGAGAUGUUGGUCUUUCUGCUACCUGGUUAUAAGGGAGACUGUCUUCUGUUUCCUUGGACAGAUGGAGAUGUCUCGGCUGACACAUGAUCAUCCCUUGGCAGGGGAUACCAAGAUGGAAGACAGUGGGGGGACAGAACCUGGAGGAGAAGACAAAGCAAAGAUGUCAAACACGAUGGAACAGAGUACCCAGCAGUGGCCUGGAGACCAUAAGACAGAUGGGCAAACAGAGAGACAGGCAGGACAGAUGGGAGGACAGAAGGUUAAAGGUGACGGGAUGAGUGUGAGGUCCGAUUCAUCUCUUCGCGAGGCAUCUAGUUGGACAGAAAGUGAGCGACAGCUGAAGACAGAACAAGGAAAAAGGGGAGGAGGGGGAGAGGAGGAGGAGCUUAAAGGUGAGGAGUUGGGAAAAAAGGAGGAAGCUGAAGAGAACCACCUGCCAGGAAAAGCAGCUCUGGUCUUCAGUCCAUCUGUAACUGUCCUCCCCUGCCCCUUGUCAUCCAGAGACACUGAGGAAGUCUGGGAAUCAGAGAGGAGUCCCUUUCUGAGUCCUCAUGGAGACAACUACAGCCAACAUGGCUACCAAGAUCAAUUUGCCGAGGACGCGCCCCCUGCCAAGUGUGACUGUGGUUGCCCUGACCGAGAUGCCCUGAAAAUGGGCGUCUCCUUGAUGACAUCAGCGCUGUUUUUCCCAUUUCUGGUGUGGGGCGGGUUUGUCUUCCUGCCGUUUGAUGCACCUCUGCUUGAUAGCGCCCCCCUCAGGCUUGUCUACACUCUGCGUUGCUCUGUGUUUGCUGCUGCUCCCAUCAUCCUUGGCUGGUUGGUUCUAGGGGUCAGUCGACUCAGGUCGGGUGCAACUCAACCGUUUUAUUCUGAUGACGUUAAGGAAGCAGAGCUUCAGGAAGUUGGUGUCCACCGACGUUUUGUUUCCGACUCCGCCUCACUUUUCCUGAUCUACUUCCUUCAGUUGGUAGUCUUGGCGAUGUAUCUGAGCCAGGAGCAGUUGAAGAUCAUCCCACUGCUGACAAUCAUCUUUGCUUUUGGACGGUGAGACCCCACAGAUGUCGGUGUGAAGAGACGAUCGAUAGUCAGAGGGUUUGAUAAUUAGAUCAUUAGCUUAUGUAAAUGAGUGGAGUGAUGGGUAGUCAUUGACAGUAAUGGUUUGAGGGAUCAGUUCCUGAAUUAGAAUCAUGGAUUUUCAGGAGGGUUGAUUUACGAUAAGCUCAAUCAAUUUGAAGUAAAACCAUUUAAGGUGCAUUUGACCAUGUUAGACCAUAACAUCUUACUUAGCAGGCUCAAACAUAUAGGAAUUUCUCAGGCCUCUGUGGCAUGGUUUAGAAGUUAUAUCUUAGGCCGUACGCAAACAAUGAACAGAGGGUUACCAAUCUUCUCCUCUACCUCCAUCUAUGGGUGUUCCUCAAGUGUCAAUACUGGGCCCAACCUUAUUCAAAGUCUAUAUUAAUAACAUUGUUCAUGCUCUUGACAGUUCUCAUAUACAUUUAUAUGCAGAUGACACAAUUUUAUAUGCAUGCAGUUCUUUCUUGAACACAGCUUUGUCCUCCUUGGAGCACAACUUUAAUUGUCUUCAAUGUGCCUUCUCCAACAUUCAUCUUCAUUUAAACACAAAUAAAACAAAGUUCAUGAUCUUCAACCAUAACUUACCACAAUCAACUGUCCACCUUAGUAUUGUUUCCCUGGAUGGUACAGACGUACAGCUUGUCAGUUCCUAUUAGUAUUUAGGUAUCUGGCUUGAUGGCACACUUUCAUUUGAUAUUCACAAUAAUUCAUUACUUUCUUAAGUCAAGUCAAGAAUUGGGUUUCUAUACUGCAACAAGUCAUCCUUU